CCGUAGCGCGUCGCCCCGGUUUCCCGGGGAAACGACCGGGAUCCGCCGGGUGGGAGGAAAGACGUUUCCCGCCGGCGGGAGCUGCGGUAGUGGCGGCGGCGUUGGGGAGCUCCAGACCAUGGCGGACCAGCUUUAUCUGGAAAACAUAGACGAGUUCGUCACGGACCAGAACAAGAUCGUGACAUACAAAUGGCUGAGCUAUACACUAGGAGUUCAUGUUAACCAGGCUAAACAGAUGCUGUAUGAUUAUGUUGAAAGAAAGCGAAAGGAAAAUUCAGGAGCCCAACUGCAUGUCACCUAUUUAGUGUCUGGCAGUCUUGUUCAGAACGGACAUGUGUGCCACAAGGUUGCAGUAGUGAGAGAAGAUAAAUUGGAAGCAGUGAAGUCCAAGCUAGCUGUGACUGCCAGCGUCCAUGUGUACAGCAUCCAGAAAGCCAUGCUAAAGGACAGUGGGCCUCUGUUCAAUACCGACUAUGACAUCCUUAAAAGCAACUUGCAGAACUGCAGCAAGUUUAGUGCCAUACAGUGUGCAGCUGCAGUUCCUAGAGCUUCUGAAACCUCGUCUUCUGAAAAGUUUGAGCAGUCAAAUCUUCAGGUAUCAAGUGAAACACAAGCCACUAGUGAGCUGACUGCCAACGGUCAUGGCCCACCUACUUCCAAACAGAUUCCCCACCAACCUAAAGGAAUUAUGGGAAUGUUUGCCUCUAAAGCUGCUUCUAAAAGCCAAGAUACCAACAAGGAAACCAAAACGGAAGCUAAAGAGGUAACAAAUGCAUCUUCAGCAAGCAGCAAGGCACCAGGGAAAGGGACUGUGAUGAGCAAUUUUUUUGGAAAAGCUGCUAUGAAUAAACUGAAAGUCAACUUGGAUUCAGAACAAGAAGUAAAAGAAGAAAAAGUAGUGGAACAACCUCUACUGUCUGUCACUGAACCAAAGCUGGCAGCCCCUGCAGGUCUGAAGAAAUCCAGCAAAAAAGCAGAGCCUGUUAAGAUGCAGCAGAAAGAGAAAAAAAAGGGGAAGCGAGUGGAGUUCUCUGAUGAUGAGACAAAAGAAACUGUAAACAUGAAGAAAAAGAGGAGAAGACUUAAACUUCCUGAGUCUGAUAGCAGUGAAGAUGAAGUUGUACCAGAUUCUCCUGGGAUUUAUGAAGCUGAGUCACCAUCCCCACCUCCUUCUGCGUCUCCACCUCCUGAACCAGCGACGAAGACUGAGCCAGAGCCUCCUUCUGUCAAGAGCUUAAGUGGAGAAAACAAAAGAAAACGAAAGCGGGUGCUGAAAUCUAAAACCUUUGUGGAUGAGGAUGGCUGCAUAGUGACUGAGAAAGUCUACGAGAGUGAAUCCUGCACAGAUAGUGAAGAGGAACUUAAGAUGAAGACAUCUUCUACACACAGACCCCCAGCAGUGACUGUGAAAAAAGAACCCAAAGAGGAACGAAAGGGCCCCAAGAAAGGGACUGCUGCUCUGGGCAAAGCCAAUAGACAAGUGUCCAUCACUGGCUUCUUCCAGAGGAAAUGAGCUGCCGUCUCUGGAGGGCAGCGAUGGGGAGUGGUCAGGGAGAAGACCAAGACAUACAGACUCUCACUUACUGUGUAAGUUCACCCAGCGCCUCACCUCUGUCAGAAGACUGUUCUUCCAUCUUGAAGGGUUUGUACUGCUGGCUUUUAACCAAAAAGAAAUCACCUGGAAGCAAGAGGCAAACGAAUAUUUAAAAAACUGUUACCUUCUAAUGACAUUUUUAAAGCACAAUCUUUGACCCGUCCAGGAGAAGAUUUUCUCAA